AUCUCCUGAAGGAGGAGGAGGUUACAGAGAAUUACCGUCUGCUUCCACUUCCUCUUAGACAUCACUGAGAUCAGCCAGUCUGUGGCUGGCUGUCUCUCUGGUCGAACGCAUUCCCUUGACUCCCCACAGCAAAACCCUCAACAUCGUGGAUCUUUGACGUGUUUCUCUGAACGAUCAAGAAACCCAUAUAUUUCAAGCCAGGACGGGGACAUAAAGAGAACCAGCUGGGAACUGCCAGCGGCUCGCAGCCCAUCCGUUUGGAAAUGUAUUGACUGGACUUAAGGCAGGACGUUGAACCUCCGGCGGGAACACAUCUCUCCUGACUUCCCCUCCAGGCUGAAGAGUAACUCGGCAUCAGGAUGGAAUGCGUGAAACACCUGAUAAAGAGCGUGGUCUCUGUGAAGAUGUGGGCGUUCAUCAAGGGCUACUGCAAACGCAACGGACUCCUGACGCUGUCGGUCAUCGCCGUGGUUUCCGGCUGUGCGCUCGGCUUCUUCCUCCGCAGCUUGAACCUCUCCUCCCAGGCUAAGAUUUACUUCUCGUUUCCUGGAGAACUUCUGAUGAGGAUGUUGAAGAUGCUGAUCCUCCCUCUCAUCACGUCCAGUCUGAUGUCGGGGCUGUCAGCCAUGGACACGAAGGCCAGCGGGCGUCUCGGCGUGCUGACCAUCACCUACUACCUGUGGACCACCUUCAUUGCCGUCAUCGUAGGCAUCAUCCUGGUCCUGGUCAUCCACCCUGGGAAGGGCACAGAGAAGGAGGGGCACAAAUCCGGGUCAGGGCCCGUCAUGACCUCUGCGGACGCCCUGCUGGACCUUAUCAGGAACAUGAUACCAGCCAAUCUGGUGGAGGCGACUUUCCAGCAGUACCGUACCGACCUGGUACCCAUACUGACCUCCAGUGCGGUGGGUUCCCAGGCCAACUAUGUCUACGUGAUGCCCGACUACCACAACCCCCAGCUGGGCCACCCUGUCUUCCUAGAGCUAACCCCAGCACCAGAGGUCAAAUACAAGAUCGUCCCUGGCAACAGCAAAGGAAUGAACGUAUUGGGCAUCGUCAUCUUCUCUGGUACUAUGGGCCUGCUCCUGGGGAAGAUGGGAGAAAGAGGCGCGCCGCUGGUCAACGUGUGUCAGUGUGUCAACGAGUGCGUUAUGAAGAUCAUCAACGCCGCCAUGUGGUAUUUCCCAUUUGGCAUCGUUUUCCUGGUAGCGGGAAAGAUCCUGGAGAUGCAUGACCCCGCCCACCUGGGAGAGAAGCUGGGGAUGUACUUCCUGACGGUAAUGGCGGGCCUGUUCGUCCACGGACUCAUCCUGCUGCCUCUCUUCUACUUCGUAAUCACACGCAAAAACCCCUUCACGUUCAUCCGGGGGCUUCUCCAGGCCCUGGUUAUUGCCUUGGCGACCUCCUCCAGCUCUGCCACCCUGCCCAUCACCAUGAAGUGCCUGCUGGAGAACUGCGGGGUGGACAGACAGAUCGCCCGGUUUGUCCUUCCGGUGGGAGCAACCAUCAACAUGGAUGGGACAGCCCUCUACGAGGCCGUCGCAGCCAUCUUCAUCGCUCAGGUCAACGAAUACGAACUGGACUUUGGUCAGCUGGUCACCAUCAGCAUCACGGCAACGGCGGCCAGCAUCGGGGCUGCCGGGAUUCCUCAGGCGGGCCUGGUAACCAUGGUGAUCGUAUUGACCUCCGUCGGGCUGCCGCCCGCUGACAUCACACUGAUCGUGGCGAUCGACUGGAUCCUGGAUCGUUUCCGGACGAUGAUCAACGUGCUGGGAGACGCUCUGGCUGCGGGCAUCAUGUGUCACCUCUGCAAGAAGGACUUUGAGAAGACAGCCGCUAAUUCUAGCCGGAGGGACACGGUGAUCUCGUUCGGCGGCCAGAGCGUCCAAAGCUGCACCAUGUCCGAGGCUCCCCUGAUGGCCAGCGGCCAUCGUUGCGACUAUGUCUACGAGGUGGAAGGUGACUGCGUCACGGAGCGAUGCGACGGCCCCAGCUUCAACCUGUGUCAGGUUUAGGAUAGCCCAGUACCGGUUACGACCUGUGACCUCUGUCAGAACCAAGCAAGUGACCGGCUCCAACCUGUAUCAAAGAGAAACUGCGUUAUUUGUGGAACAGGUGUCACGGCCAACCCAGAGACAGUACAGAAAGGAGACAUCCGACUGGAUGACGACAGACCCCUCCCACUGGUUCCGCCCACCCAGCCAGAGUAAGCAAUGACCCUUGACCAUAACAUAACGAGCGGCAUGUCCCUAAGCCUGCUGUCUCGCUUAAUGUACACUCUCUGGGAAACCUGCCCUGUUACAAGUGGACCCCAGCUACAAUCUACAUCGCAGAAUAAACGUCCCUUGCCACAACUUGUGUCGCAGACAACCUGGAUGUUCGGUCUGAGACAGUCCCUGGACAGACAGCAGAGCACACUGCUUGCCUUCAACACAAAUACCUUUUUAUUAACACCAGUAUGGUACAAAAACAUUACAAAAAAGUACAGUUCAGUUACGCAUCAAUGGCUUUGGAUCGUGGAAUUACAGUGAGACCAUGACACAACCCUGCACUGACAGAGUUUGCACUUUCCGCAGUUUUAGAUAACUGGGACAUCUUUAUGACACGUGUCUGAUGGCUCAGUAGGUAGCUGCCAUAGACCUAGCUCGACAUUGUAUCAGUCUAAUUAUUGUCUGUCAAAGGCAUUUCCAAAGAACCUCAAGGGUCCAUACUGACACCUAGUGGGUGCUGUUGGAACAGCUAUGAAAGACGAGCAAUGGAACGUUUGCUCACAAGGAUAUUUAAUUGCCGGAUCCCUCCUGGGUGAUUUCAAAUUAUCCUUCCUUGACCUGUAUGAAAGCCCACACAUUUGAAUACUCCAAAAUGGUUCGUUUUUAUUUACAAUGCCCAUGCUAAAGUUGGCUUUUGGGCACUUAGGUCCUCUGGUUGUGGGAUUGAUUCCCACAUGGAGGAAACUGCUUUGCUAAAUACAAACAUUACUGUUUGAUCACACCUGUGCCAUGAUGGAUGAAAAAGCAGGUUUUCCUCUUUUGGUGGCUGGCAGUAAACCCUACUGUUGCCUAUAAAUGAUAAGGAUUUGAGGGAUUCAUUCAGUCCAUAUUGUGGGAUUUCAGCACCAGUGACAUUCAAAGAGGCCACAUUCGUGCAAUAUUUAUGUUUGAUUGCACAAUCUCUAAGACUUCAGUCAGAAUUGAGCCCUUAGGUCCUCUAGUUAGGGUCAGAGACCACAGGGGGCCUCGCUUUGUGAGUGUUCCUCUACUAUGACGGUGAUGCCUUGCAGAUCUUAAACACAACCUUUGGUUCAUGUACAUGUCUGAGCAGGGGAACACUCCCAUUCAGUACCGUUUAUGCUGUGGUGCAUGCGAUGAUGUCUGAAUCAGUUAGUUCAGUGCUGUUUAUCACAGGACUGCCCUUCAGUAGCGGCACAUACAGUACUGCACCACAGUGCACUUUUUAGGCAGCCAGGUGGUGCUAAAGACACUCUUGGUUAAAGGUAUUCUAGUGGUAACCUUCCUAUGAUGGACAAGUAAUAGGUAUUUUCACAGUGAAUGGUGUUCUCUUUUGCUUUAAGAUACUCUAAUCUAGGGAUAAAUACCAAUCUUGCUGCAGACAGCAGUAUGAGAACAUUGAUUUAGUAUAGGUUACAUAGUUAGAAGUGAAACUGGAUGUCGCAACCCUAGAAUUGUUGUUUUGCCGUUUUCGAGUUGCCUUAACAUUGCAACGAGUGGUGAAAAUUAACAGAAUAUUUUACUGUAUAUUGAAGAGGAUAUUAAACGUUUUGACACUGACUUAGCUGAAAUUCUGACAACAGAAGAGAUAUAUUUUUAAGUCUUGUUAGAUUAUCUAUAUAUUUAUAUUCUUUGUAAACACCUAUAAUGCUGUGGGAUCUUGAUUCUUGAAGAAACUACUUUGCCACAAAUUAAAAACAUUGGUGCCCAUGCAA